AUGUUCAUGCAUUACAUACAGAAGGCAGACGUGGCGAUCCAAAACAACUCAGCUUCAAUCCAUAAUCUUGAGGUGCAGAUCGAUCAGCUCUCAAGCAUGCUCACAGAGAGGACUGCAGGAACUUUGCCGAGCAAUACUGUCACCAAUCCGAAAGAACAUGCAAAGGCAAUAUCAUUGAGAAGUGGGCGAACAUAUGAGGAGCCAAAAGUAACAAAUGCCAAACAAGAUGAAGCUGUGGAUAAUGAGGAGUCAAAGAUGAAGGAAGCCGAGUCAGAGAUGAAAGAAGUGGAGCAAGUUGAGAAGACUAAGGAGAAUGAAAAAGCUUCAAAAUCCAAAAGAUCCAGGGAAGUUACUUUUGAGACUUAUUCUCCUUCAAUUUAUGAUCCACCAAUUCCUUUUCCGCAAAGAUUAAGAAAAAAUAAUAUGGAUGAUCAGUUUUCUAAAUUUCUAAGUAUAUUUAAGCAAUUGCACAUUAAUAUUCCUGUCACUGAAGCCUUGGAACAAAUGCCUAAAUAUGCUAAAAUUUUGAAGGAUAUUAUAUCAAAGAAGUGGAAAUUGGAGGAGCAUGAAACAGUAAUGCUGACAGAGGAGAGUAGUGCAAUCUUACAAAAGAAGCUACUGCUUCAGCAGAAAGAUCCGAGGAGUUUCACUAUCCCUUGCACAAUAGGAAAAUCUUAUUUUGAUAGAGCUUUAUGUGAUUUAGGGGCAAGUAUUAAUCUAAUGCCUCUCUCUGUUUUUAGGAAAUUGGGUCUUGGAGAAGUAAAGCCGACCACUAUCUCUUUACAAUUGAUAGAUAGAUCUAUUAAAUAUCCAAGAGGAGUCAUUGAGGAUGUAUGA